AUGGAGCCCGACUUUGCUAUGGAAAACCAGAGUGAAGGAGCUGAGGAAGGCUGGAAUGGGACUCAAUCGGAGCUGACAGACCGGGAUCUCAGACCUCUCUUCGGGCUCGGCAUCGAGAAUUUCAUCACACUGGUGGUGUUCGGAAUGAUCUUCGCCAUGGGCGUGUUGGGCAAUACUCUGGUGAUCACAGUUUUGGCGCGUAGUAAGCCAGGAAAACCCCGCAGCACCACAAACCUAUUCAUUCUUAACCCUGGCAUCGCUGACCUGGCGUAUAUGCUCUUCUAGCAUCCCUUCCAGGCCAGGUACGCGCUGCCCACCUGGGUGCUGGGCGCCUUCAUCUAGUUCACCCACUACUUCUUCACUGUAGCCAUGCUAGUCAGUAUCUUUACCUCUCCUGCGGCCAUGUCCGUUGACCGCUACGUUGCUAUUGUCCACAGCGAGGGCUCUCUUCCCUCCCUUCGGGUCUCUCGUAACGCGUUGGUGGGCGUAGGGGGUCAUCUGGCGCCGCAUCUAUCGCUAUGGCCUCUCCGUGCUUUCCACCAGCGCCUUUUCCACCGGGAAAUCAAGAAUCAGAACCUUCUGUGGGAGCAGGGCCCAACCAGUCAGCACAAGAGGAUCUACGGUUGCACCUUCGUCUUCGGGUACCUGCUUGAAGUAAUAAAACUUACCUAUGCUGUUUUCAGGUCCCUUAAUCAUUUACACAAAAAGCUGAAAAAAUGUCCUAAGAAGUCAGAAGCAUCGAAGAAAAAGACAGCACAGACAGUCCUGGUGGUAGUAGUCGUAUUUGGCAUAUCCUGGUUGCCACAUCAUGUGAUUCACCUCUGGGUCGAAUUUGGAGUCUUUCCCUUGACUACAGCCUCCUUCUUAUUCAGAGUCACAGCACACUGCCUGGCUUACAGCAAUUCUUCUGUUAAUCCUAUAAUAUAUGCUUUCCUCUCUGAGAAUUUCAGGAAGGCUUACAAGCAAGUUUUUAAGUGUCAGAUUGGUAGAGAAUCACCUCAGAAUGAUGCUAAAGAAAAUAAAAGUCGGAUAGAUACCCCGCCAUCAACCAACUGUACCCAUGUGUGAGUCAAACAAAUAAUGUAUUCAGGUAUUGUUGGGUUUCAUGCAAGUGGACCGGAAUUACAGAAAACAAAGUGCAAUCACCUUCUACAGAAAUCUGCAACUGAAUUGUGAUCUAAAAAUUGGCUUAGUUCCUGAAAUUCUGUGUGUACUAAUUUGUCAAUUCUAUUACCUUUCAUUCAUAAGGUUUCUUAGUCCAUUUUGGAAACCUUUUGGAAGAAUCAAUUUAAGGCAAGCAACUUCUUUUCCUUUUAACAAGACAUUGCAUAGAAAUGAGAAAAGAAAUAGUUUUUGCUGGAUUUCUCUAUAAGGAAAGUUAAAUAGCAUUUCCAUGGAUUGUUUCCAUUUUCUAUCCACUAACUUACCAAUUCCACAGUCAUGAGAUGUUUGUGAUAUAGAUUUGAGAACAAAACUGUCACAGAAAUAAUAUUUAAUUUCUUUGACUUCAAGAGAAGUACUUACCUUUUAGAGAUUACACAUCAACACAUUUUUAUAGUAAUGGAAAGAACAUUUUAUCUAGAGAGAGGGAAAUCCUGAGAUCACAUUAUAGUCAUUUACUACCUUUGUGAUCCUAGGCAAGCCAUUUCAUCUAUAAGGACCUCAAUUUCUUCAUAUGUGAAAUGAAAAUGGUGGUGGACAAGAGAAUGCCUGAGCCCUAAAUUCUAUGAACCUUUCUUGAUCUUGGACAUGCCAUCAAGCUUUGAUUUGAAUUGAUGAUUAUUUUGACUUUUAAAAGCAAACUUGGGGGCAGCUAGGUGGUGCAGUGGGUAAAGCACCGGGCUUGGAUUCAGGAGGACCUGAGUUCAAAUCUGGCCUCAGACACUUGACAUUUGCUAGCUAUGUGAUGCUAGGCAAGUCACUUAACCCUCAUUGCCCUGAAAAAACAAACAAAUUUGGCACCUUCACUUGAGUGAGACUAAGGAAUUUCAACUUUAUCUCCAAUGGUCAGAUUUACACAAUAUACAAUGUACUUUAAAUGAUUGCUGGAGUAUCUGCAUUAUCCAUGGUGUGAGAUUUCGUGCCUUCAUUAUACAGUGAUGCAGAAAAUUAAUGUGAUUUCAGCAUGCCAAAUAAAAUGUUAAGCUUUGGCUUCUCAGUAUCUAAAGGACUUGGCAGCAGUAGGCACUUUAAAUGAUUAGUGUCUCAUCAUUGUGAUUUUGGUCAGCAAAGUCAAUAAAGCAAAAUUGGCCAAAUCUCAAUGUAAGAUCACAAAUGUGUUUACCUUGUUGUUAAUAGGAAGCAAACAUGAAUCUGGAUGGCUAAAUCUGGGAUUCAGGGCUUUCUCCCAAUAUUUUGCUGAUGUAUAUAAAUUUUUGACAAUGCUGUGACCCUUCUUAUUUCUGAUGAGAUUUGUGUAGAGAUAUAGCUAUGUUACAAAAACUGUGUGAAGCAUAGUCCUGUGCAAUAAUGUUUAUUCCUAGAGGAGAUAUUGCUUUUUAAGACUCUCUCAAACUCUGGCUCAGAUUGCAUUAGUUCAGACAAAGAUUAAUCUUUGGAGUGAAUGUAUCUUUGUGCUGUCCUGUCCAAGUCCAAACAGAAAUGUAUUAGCAUUUCAUUUAUGAUGAUCCCUCCAAAUGUUAUCCCAUUAGUUGUUGUUGUUUGUCCUUUAUUCUUGAAGACGACCAUGACAUUGGGGGGUGA